AUGGCAGACAAGAAUCAGACUGCAGUGACUGGAUUUCUUUUCGUGGGCCUCACAGAUCGUCUCCAUCAGCAGGUUGGCCUUUUUGUCAUGCUUCUCUUCAUCUAUCUGGUCACACUGGGGGGUAACUUGGGGAUGAUCACUCUCAUAUGGAUCGAUCCCAGGCUCCACACACCCAUGUACUUUUUCCUCAGCCACUUGUCCUUUGUAGAUAUUUGUUCCUCUUCCUCCAUUGCCCCCAAGACACUGUGUGAUAUCUUUGCAGAGAAAAAAGGCAUCUCUUUCAUGGGUUGUGCUGCACAGAUGUGGUUUUUUGGUCUUUUUGUGGCAACUGAAUGCUUCCUCCUGGCUUCCAUGGCCUAUGACCGGUACAUGGCCAUCUGUAAGCCUUUGUUGUAUACCCUCAUUAUGUCCCAGAGGGUCUGUGUGCAGCUGGUGGCAGGGCCCUAUGCUAUGGCUCUUAUAAGUACAAUGACCCAUACAGUUCUCACUUUUUGCUUACCUUUCUGUGGACGGUACAUGGCCAUCUGUAAGCCUUUGUUGUAUACCCUCAUUAUGUCCCAGAAGGUCUGUGUGCAGCUGGUGGCAGGGCCCUAUGCCAUGGCUCUUAUAAGUACAAUGACUCACACAGUUCCUAUAGGAGUCCUCAGUGGCCUAAUCAUUACCAUCUCCUAUGUGUGCAUCCUGGUGGCCAUCAUGAAGAUCCAGACUGCUGAUGGGAGGAGGAAGGCUUUCUCCACUUGUUCUUCUCACCUGGCAGCUGUCUCCAUCCUGUAUGGGACUCUUUUCUAUAUCUAUGUUGUGCCUGACUCAGGUUCCUUCUUAGAUAUCAAUAAAGUGAUUUCUCUAUUUUAUACUGUGGUCAUCCCCAUGCUGAACCCUCCUAUCUACAGCUUGAGAAACAAGGAGGUGAAAGAUGCAUUCAAGAGGAAGUUUGAAAGAAAAAAAUUUCUAAUAGGUAGUUAG